GAAUUUUUUUAGAUAUGUGAUAUUUGCCGAGUUCCCAUUUGUGCUUAAAGCUGCAAAAUGUCUUCUAACGACACUGAGGAUGGCAGCCUUGACGUGAUGGAAUUAUGUAAAGCAGCGUUCGUGUCCGAAGAGCCAUCGUUGACUGAGAAUACAAAAGCAAUUGCUUCGUAUCCAAAUAUACCGGUUUCCUUGCCUGUGAAUCAGUUACUUACAACUGUUCAAAACGUUACUUCAACCGUAGAAGAUAGUGCAACAUCGGAUUAUGAAAGCACGUGUUCUGACUCAAGCUUUCAAUUUCGGCACAUUAUCAUGUCCCCGAGAGUUUUGUCUCCUGAUUCUCAGACUCCGUCUUCUGGAGCUGUAUCGCAGAAGGAGGCCCCCGAUUUUGAUUUCGAUGAUUCAUCUGAUGUAAGUGUGGAUGCUUAUAAGUCAGAGCCAGAGUUGGUUGUUAAUGCCCUUAUUACGGCAAGAGAUACGCGUCUAAAUAAUCAGCGAAUGACAACGGGCCAGUCGGCGUCUUCCUGCUCACCUGCCGGAGUUUCUGGCAACAAAAGCAAGCGUGCAUUUGUGUUUGACGUUGAGAAGGUGUCCUCGGAAGAUGCGUCUGAGAGUUUUCGCAGAUGGAGAAAAUCUGCUAGUGAUUCUACUGCAGCUUUUCGAAAAUCAUCAAAGUCGGUUGUAGAACCGAUAUCAAGUGCAGCUAAUCAACUUCCAAGUUUCGCUUUUGGUGCUAAUAAAGCAAUAAGUGCUUUCAAACUAACUAACACGAACUUGUCUUCUGGUGCUAAAGAAAAGAUGGACUCCAAAAAAGGGCUAUCAGGAAUCUCAAAACUCUGCGAGCAAAAAGAAGAUUUUUCUGAGAGUUCAUACAGGUAUUUGGGCAGAUCAUCAAGCUUGCCGCUUAGUUUACACGUUGCUACUAGCUUGGAGCAUGGAAGUUCUGGUGCUAAUAUUGGUCAACUUUCCCCAUGUGCUACUCCUGCCGCGGCUCAACCGGGAGCUCUCAGUCCUUUUUGUGGAGUGUUUCAGUCAUCUUUCAGUCCUUCCUUUUCGGAUGUCAAACGCAGUCGGUGUCCUAGUUCAUCGAGUAGGUGUUCUGCAUCCAGCCCUCGUCCUCCAAGCAGAAUAGACCAGAUCAAAAUAGAGGAGGCAACUGGUCUAGAAAGGGACACUCUCUUUGAACGCGACGUGACCUUAUCAUCCUCAUUGGCCUCAUCUUGGGAAGAUCUGUGCUUGUCGGAGCAUGCUGCAAACUCGAUGAGUCAUCACCACCACCAAGCAGUCAAACGACCCAGAAGUGUUUCCUCGUCACACGGUGCUAACUCCCCCUCCCUCCCAAUAGCAGCACACUUCGCUCCCAAUGCAAAUAAUAUCCCCCCCGCGAAUGGAAACGACAACCAAGGGGAAGCGCUAGGCGUGACUGCUCAGUCGAGAGUGACGGAGCCCAUUUCGAUAUCCUGUUCGCCAGCCUACAACCCAACAAUCUACCCACUUGCUUGUUCCCCUUCGCCUACGAGAGUUUCGCAGUCUAAUUCAAAGCAAUGCUAUUCGCCGUCACUUCAGAUGCCAUUGAAUUGGAGUGCAUCUUGUCCCAGUCCUACGCAGAGGAAAAUCUUCCGUCGGAGUCAAAGUCCAGUGACUAAUUUGGUGCGGCCUGGUAUUCUGGGCAAUCCUCUGAACUUGAAGCGCCGCCCAGCAGACUUAGACUCCCUGGAGCACACGCCGUGCAAGCGACCCGCCCCUGACAACACCCCUCCUCCUCCGCCCCCACCCCCCUUCUUCUCAGCAGUCUCCUCUACCUCAGCCGCCUCACAUUCUCUCGCUCACUCAUUCAACGUGCCAAAUUUGCUGUCACAAAGUCAUGACGUCAUCACCGCUUCUCCGGCCUCGACGCCCAGUUCGCCGCCCCCUUUUGGCUCGCCAGUUAGAUGCGUGACUCCGUCUUAUCUCUCGCCGCUGAUAAGCGAACGGGAUAAGCUUCACCAUGUCUCGCAUUCGGCAGCCACGGUUGAAAGUCCACUCAGUGAAGAACCGAAAGUGGUAAACUUAGAAUGCACUCACAUCGCAGAUCGUAAUUAGAAACUUAAGUUUGAAGUAUUUUAAAAGUAGCAAAAAAUAAAAAUCAAUUCGGCGCUUCGGAGUCGAUGACCGUAGUUCAGAAUCUUAUAUAGGUCGUGAUGAUUUUUGUCUUCAUUUUUUUGCGAUUUGACUCAUUUCCAUCUUUAGAAGGAAGGCGAAUUCCACUGUCGAACAGCAAAUUUGUAAAAUUCACGAGAAACUUGAUCAACUUCUAACUUCAAAAAUGGAAUUUAAUUAUCAGAUAUCCCAGCGAAAUGAAAAAUUUUACCUACUCAUCCAGGUUUCUCAAAUUGGGUUAGAUUUAUCUAAAAAGUUCCGGUCAUAAAUAGUUCUAGAAAUUCUAGGAGCUUCAAGGUCAUAUAUUUUUUUUCUUGGGAUAUCGAAAAAUGAAUUUAAAAAAAUAGUAUUUUUUUCCUGUUAAUUGCGUUCAUAGACUCUUUUCCAUCUGUCUGUUGGCAAUGUUUAAUUUUAAUAUUUAAAAAUACUGCUUGGAAAUUAUGGUAUUAUGGAAAUCAUUCAAACUGAGCUCUUUGUCGUGGCAUGUUCUGGUUAUUUAUUGCAAUGAUGUAGGCAGAGUAGUUUCCUUUUUUCUAUAGAAAUAGAUGAAUAUUUGUUGUAGAUCAAAUAAACAUUUUUUGUUAUAAUAGUAUAACUAGCAUUCAGUGCCACCUGAUGUAUUGACCUAGUAGAUCGAUUUGAUAUUGACGAGUCAGCUGUGCUUCUUAAAUUCAGUAAUAGUUGCAAAUUCACGUGCUUUCAACUUCGAGUGUUUGAUUUGGUAAGCGUCCAUUUCAAUCAUACCAACGAAGUUUUACCUGCUUGAUUGUCUAAAUGAUUUUCACUUUUCAUGGUGCUGUUUUGUGAGUAUUGUUAAUUUCAGUUAGAUUUAUGUUUUAUAAAUGCAAAUUUAAUUAACGACCUUUUUUCGAA